GAGGUUGUGGGUGGCGCUUAAGAUAUAGAUCCCUCCAGUUACCAAAUGCCCUGAUGUUAUAUAACGUCCUCAAUGUCGACCAGCCUUUGACGAGCGGCGGCUACUAUGUAAUAACUGGAAACCCAAUUGAACGCAUGAUCAAUUCAGUCUGCUACUAGUGCACUUACAAAGUUAGAUCCUCGCCACCCCUUCGACUGGACCUUUCUUUGUGAGAUCCCGUUGAAGCUAGGAUGGAUUCCGAGACGGGCUAGUAUCUUGACAGGCUGCACUACGCCGCUCACAACCGUAUCGUCGCUCUUCGCAUCAACACUUUGGACGACUCCACAAAUGAUAAAAGAACAUCCAGAAGUGACAGGAAAUGCUCCAGAUGAUGUCAAGCAGUGCCAGCGCGUCUUUCUUGCUGUCGGACAAACAAAAGGAUUCGCGCAUCAGAUUCUUUCGGGACUGUCUAUAUCCCAUGUUUCCCUUGACCCCUCGCCAGAGCAGUACACGAGGGACCAAUCCAAAGUUACAUGUUCGUUGACGGUGACUGAGGAUAUGCUGGACGCAAUACCAGGAUGCUUGCAUGGAGGCUGCAGUGCAUUUAUAAUCGAUGCAUGCUCUACACUUGGUCUGGUAGCCUAUGUGCUGUGCAAGACCACCAGCUGCGAUUGGGAUAAGAUCUACACAAUUUCGCAGACUUUGGACGUGGUAUAUCACUCGCCAGCUUUAUUGGGAGAUAAGCUGAACAUUGUCAACACUAGCAUGAGCGUCGGAGCGAGAACCAUGUCAGUACGCACAGAGAUAUGGAAUACGACGCGCCGGUGCCUUGUGGCUUCAGGUGUUCAUCUCAAGAUGCUCCCAUCAUCGUCUCGAGCAAAUAUGUGAAUUGUGUAUCUCGUAGCAUAGCCAGGGAAGAGUGUCGAAACAGUUACAUGACGA